CUGUAUUUGAACAUUUCUAAAUACAGAUGUAGAAGAAGACUUUUUCUUGAAACGUCACACAAAUCGACAAGACAAAAAAGGAGUAUUCCGAAUGUUGUAUUAUCCUCCUGUUAAAGAUGAUGUCAGAGAUUCUCAUGUUGCUCGUUUUGGAAAGCAUACAGAUUUUGGAACCAUAACGUUCUUGUUCCAGGACAAUUCAGGAGGAAUGGAGGUGAAGACUAAGUCGGGAGAAUGGAUCCACGCCAUCCCAAUAAAGGAUACUGUUCUGGUUCUUGUUGGAGACUUGUUAUCGGUUUGGAGUAAUGGAUUAUAUCCAGCAACAGUGAGUAAAUGAUGUUAAUAGUUUAUG